CUCUUCUAAUCCGGCGACAUCGAGGGGAUUAUGAUGCUGCAAUGUCCGUCAAUUCCUUGAGACCCAAUGGUGGUCUCUUUGUUCGGCAAUCGAAACCGUGGACCACCCAGAUUCGUCAUGCGACGUUGAUCCGACGACCCAAACGCCCCUACACCUUCACCCAGCUCGUCACCCUCUCGGACGGCAGCACCUUCUUACAUCGCACGACAUCUCCUACGCCGGUAUACCGCUCGACCAAGGAUGCGAAGAACUCGCCGUUGUGGAAUCCUUCCAGUCAGAAACUCCUGAGCGUAGAAGAGGAUGAAGCCGGACGGUUGGCGGCAUUCCGCGCACGAUUCGGACGAGGAUGGGAUGCAGAGGGUACCAUCAGUAAAGAUGAGGCUACAAAAGCUACCGACGCGAAGGAGCAACCUGAGUCCUCCGAAGACAGCCUGCUCGAUCUCAUGAGGAGCUUUAGCACUCAACAGCCAUCGGGAAAGGCAUCAGAUGAGACCCCUACUACAAAAGCUGAAAAGGAGGGGAAAAAGUAGGCUUUGAAGUAAAGGCUAGUUGAGGACAGUUGAGGGCAGUGUAUUGCAUGACCACGAUGCUUUUCCUUUCUUGUGAGACGGCACUCUGGCUAGCCGCUUUUGCGAAUGAAGACGAUGUCCUUAUACGCUGCUCAUAGGGUGUUUGCUAUCAGAAAGUGCAAAACUGGCGAGGGAGCGCCUUAAGAGAGUGGAUAUGGUCUUGCCUUGGAUUGCGGAGAACUUGAUGUUGCAGCAUACGCAGCGAUUGAUCCCAAUCUACGCACCAGAGUCUACCUGUACGCAUGUAAAUGUAUUGUACAAUAUUAACGAAAAUAGAGAGAAAAUGUCUUGAUAUCAUGUCGUGCUAGGUACGGGGAGUCUACC